AGCGUUAGUAUGCAAGCGCGUGUCCGCCAAUACAGGUAACUACGCAGGCGCUUACUCAUAUGGCUACGACAAUUUUUUUUCUACUUCGAAUUGUCAUGUUCGCAUUAUCAAUUUGAAUGGAAACGACUCCUUAUCAAGGUAUUUUAUCUGGUAUCAUGGUCGAGACUAAUAAAGACGUGGUUCGUAACGCGAAAAUCGGACAGAAAUCAUUGCUCGAAAGAUAUGAUAUACCGGUCGAGCAUCUUUCGUAUGAAUACAUUUCUGAAUGUACGAACGCAAAAAAGUUGGAGCGCAUAGUAACUAUACUGCGUUCCGGUGAGGAAGGAUAUUAUCCAGAUUUAACAAAGCAUGCAGAGAACCGCUUGUGUGUUAUUAAGCCAACUAGUAUAAUCUUAAGAAAAUCAGAACCCAUUCUGAAACGUAAUAUGUUAAAACCAAACGAAUCUAAGGAAAUCGAUAAAGAUAUUAAUGAUUGGAUGUCUGAAAUGCAAAUUCGAGAAAAAGACUUAGAGGAAGGGAAAGCUGCGAUACUAGACUCUCCCGUCACACCGGAUAUUCGGCAAUUUAAAGAAGAAUCUGUAAAAAAAAAUUCAAUAACAAACUCGAAAAAUAGUAAAAACAAACGGAUUCGCUCAUGUGAUUACGCUGCUUGGGAUAAGUAUGACGUUGAUACCGAAUUAAACAAAAUAGAUAUACAAGAUGAACAACAAAAGGCUGAAAUAAAAAGACUGCAACAGAAUCAGAAAGAAAUUGUUCAGAAAAAAAAAUUGGAGAAACAUACAAUUAUUAAUAAAUCGACAUUGACAGGAACUGAAUUGGACGUGAUGGCAGAACAGGAAAGGGAGAAGGGAAACGAGGCUUUCAGAGCUGGAGAUUAUAAAGAAGCGUUGGAGCAUUACAACACUAGCAUAAAAAUGAAUUCAAAUAUAAUUACAUACAACAAUCGCGCGAUAACGUACAUUAAACUUCAACGUUACGACGAUGCUCUUAAUGAUUGUAACGUAGUACUUAGCGUAGAAUAUACGAAUAUUAAAGCACUUCUUCGUCGAGCUGUAAGUUUAGACCAUCUUGGAAAAUCAUCUCAGGCAUUGGUAGAUUACGAAGCUGCUUUGAAAGUAGAACCAAAUAACGCAAUAGCGAUUGCCGGAGUGAAAAAAUUAAGGAAACCUUGCGAAUCUAAAAAGAUAAGAAUGACUAUCAAAGAAGGAAAAACGGAGAAUAUGAAUAGAAAACCAACGUCAAAUGAAAUUGAAGAAAUAAAAAGUUACAUUCCACAAUUUGGCUCAAAAUUGAAUUUGUCAAGUAGUAUAUGUUAUUGUGACAAAGCACCAGGUCCGUCACAAAAUUUAAAACCGAGACCACAUAUUAAAGCUGAGUAUUGUCUUGAGAACGAUGACAUAAUGACAACAGUUAAAAGUUCAAAAAUAUCUGAAAUUGUUCAGAAUGUGAGCACUGAAGAUUUAGUUUCUCCUCCUAAUAAUUGCUCUUCCAAUGUAUCUAAAGUAACUCAAGAAAAAAGUAAUUCUACUUCAGCCAUGAAACAGAAAUCAAUUUUUUCAUUUACGAGACCUCCUGCACGAACUAAUUCAGUUGUUAUUGAAGAAUUACCUAAUGAAUUUAAUAACAAUAAUGCGAAUGUUAAAACCAAAUCGAAUAAAACGGUUGCAAAUAAAAGUAAAUUCGAUGCUGAAGUCGCAAAUAAAAAUAUGUCUAAUAAACAAGUUAGAACAUCGGAUACUAAAAAUCUUAAUAAAAAUAGUGAGCAAAGUGACAAUUUGAACAAUAAAUGUUACAAGAUGUCACCUAGAAAGGUAAAAGUAGCGGAUAAAUAUAAAAAUAAAACUAGCAAAUCGGAGAAAUAUAUUUCAAAGGAUUUUGAUAAUAUCGAAAACGGGUACGAAUUUAUGCGCAUAUGGCGAUCAUUGAAAAAUGACACUGACUUAGAAGUAUAUGCUCAAUUGCUAAGAUCAUUAGACACCAAUAAAUUAAGUUCAAUUUUAGGUAAUGAAUUGGAUGGAAACAUGUUCAGUAUCAUUUUACAUUGUUUGGAACGGCAUUUUUGUACAUCCAACGACACGGAGCUUCUGAAUAACUUUUUGACAUCACUCUGCCAAGUAAAACGUUUUUCAAUUGUGAAUAUGUUUAUGAGCAAUGAAGACAAACAAGUUGUCAGAAACAUACUCAAUUUCUUACAAGAACAUGGGAUAUCAGGAAUUUCAUCACUGCGACAAAUUUAUUGCAUUUAAGAAUAUUGCGCGUGUUCGCACUUUUAAGAUAUUUUGAAUUUUAUAGUGACAUUUCAACAAUGAGUACCAACUUUAUAUGUUCUAGUAAUAAUACAUAAGGAAAUACACUAUGAUGAUAUUGUUGUCUAAUUUUAUCAAUGAUUAUACACAAUUAAAGUGAAUUAUUUUCAA